AUGAAGAUCAACAACAAGUACACCACUACCCCCAGGCACGAAGAAUACUACGUCAAGGGUGCUACUGGGGGUAAGGACCCUAACGGCGAGAUUCCCGCGCGUCGGAACAUUCAUGAUUUGUACAAAAGCUAUCCAAAUCAGUGGCAAUUGUACCUCCUUGCGCUGAGGAAGUGGUAUGACCAGCCGGCCGACCAGCUCAAGUCGUACUUCCAGAUUGCGGGUAUCCACGGCAUGCCAUACCGGCCAUGGAACGAGGACCCGACGCAGAAAAUUGGAUCGGGCCAGACCAUUGGGUAUUGCACCCAUACAACGGUUUUGUUCCCGAGCUGGCACCGGCCGUACCUGGUAUUGUAUGAGCAACGCAUGCAGGAAGUCAUGAGAGAAUCAAUCCUCCCUGGUAUUCCCGCGUCGGAGCGAGACAAGUGGGAGAAGGAAAUUGACCUGUUCCGUAUUCCGUACUGGGACUGGGCCAAGCCUACUCCGCCGGUUGGCGGCAUGUCCAAAGAAGAAGAAAGAAAAGUUGCCCAGGCGUGGCUCCCACCAAGCAGCUGGAAACAGACAGUCGACAUCACUAUUCCCGGCCACCAGGGAAGCAUCGACAAUCCCCUUUACACCUUCGUGGUUCCUGGCGGGAAAAGGAUGGCCGACUAUGGAGUGGGUAACAUUAAAACUGAUGACCCUGACUUUGUUCCGUAUGGCGAAAGUGCAGGGUUGAGCCGGUGCCCGGAAUACAAGUACUUCAACCGGGUCACAUACGACGACCCUGACGACGGAUACGAUGGCCCUCAGUUUACUGCACAGGGCGAGGAAACUAAAGAGUACAAAGAAUCCCAGCAGUACAAAAAGGAGCACCAGGACUACCUCACUAAAUAUCUCGCAACUCUUGAUCCUAAGAGGGAAGUCAAGGACACUGCGGACUGGCCCAAGAAAUGGAGAGACGGGGAGAUCCGUAACGAGAUGGUCUACACCUAUUUUCAGACCUUGCCAUGGGCAACGUUGCUUCCGCCAACUAAUAAAAAGGAAGACCAGGAGAAGUUUACAAAAUUCAAUAAGAAUCACCGAGCCGCCGAGAACAUCUACCGCUUGUUUUCCUAUACAGCGAAUUAUGACAACUUUGCCACUGCCGGCGGCAUUCCAGACAUUAGCGGUGGGAAGCUGCCCGAGGGCCAGUGGUACCAGAGUCUGGAGCAGAUUCAUAACAGUGUACACUGGUGGGUUGGCGGCGUAAACAACGGACACAUGGCCCAGGUGCCUGUGGCCUCCUUUGACCCGUUCUUUUGGCUGCAUCACGCCAACAUUGAACGGUUCUACUGCUUGUGGCAGUUCUUGCACCCGGAGGAGUGGUUCGUGAAACGACAUGAACCCAUGGCUGACACAACUGGAGCUCUUAUCGAUGAGCAAGGAAAUCAUGUCCAGGACAAGGAAAAGGCCGCCAAGAGAUGGAUCGGUCCAGAAACGGAGCUGCACCCAUUCAAGAAGGACGCAACUACGUACUUGACCUCGGAUCUUGUGCGACACCACAACAAUUUUAACUACACCUACCCCGAACUGCAGAAGAGAGGGCGCAGCGAUGGGCAGAUCAAACAGGACGUUUGGGCCGAAAUUAACGAAACCUACUCCCCCUACCGGAAGGAGCUCCUGGGCAACGACCGUGAUGAAGACAUGGAAGUCGUGGUUAAUAUUGAAUACAACAAGUACCUCUUCCAUGGCAAACCAUACGCCAUCAAACUGUACCUCAUGCGUGGCGACAAGAAGGAUCCAUCCAAUGAGGAGAUUUCCGAGAUGUUCAAUUUUAGUGCGCCUGGCGUCGUGGCCGGAAAGGUUGUCUGCUCCAACUGCGUCAGACAGGAGCAGUCUGAGAUGAAGUGUCGCGCCCAGAUGACGAUCACCCAUCUUAAACCCUAUUUCCAGAUGAUCGAUCCCCGACUAAACAUCAACGACGGAAAGGCAAUUGAAACAUUCCUGAAGAAGCGCCUCUAUUCUAUUAUCUGGGCUACAUCUGGCCGUCCCCUAGGAUGCCAGCUUGGCGAUAACAGCGAGAAAGAUCCCAUCCGCAUUUCCGUGGCAGCCACUACGGCCACUUAUAACAAGGAUCCCACCAAACAGACCACGUUCAAUCCUUUCAAGACAUUCGAGUCGCUCGCGGGUUCCAUCGCCGAUCUAUUGGUCGUCCCUCCCGGUGCUCUUAUCUUGUCUGUGACUGGCAGCGCCAUUGGCGUGUUGAAUGCUUCCGGUGAGGUAGUGGACUUUACUGGCAAAAUUGUGAGCAAAUCUCUGGGAGACCUCACGGGCAUUGUGAACAAGGACUUUGGUGAUAUGGUGGAAGCUUUUGGUGGUUCCUUGACCACCCUGGCUACCGGCGUCACCGGUGGUACUGCUGGAAUCCUUGGAGGUAUAACAAGCGCGGACUCUUCAAAGAAGAACGAUGACAAGGGCUCUGGUGGUCGUGGCGGCGGCAUUUUCGGGGGCGGCGGUUUAUUCUAA